CGAUGAAUAGUAGGUCUGUCUUGCCGCAGCACUGUCUCCCACCCCAGAAAAGCUGCAGGCACAGACAGCCAGGCUGAAGAGCCCAGAGCCCACGCAAACUACAGGCACUCCGGGUGGAAAGUAGCCAGAAAGCAGCAAGAUGGAGUCAGACCGAGGAACCAUCCACCUUCAACAGGGGCACUCCAUCUCCCGAGGGCACCAGCCUCUCAAUCUGAACCAUUAUGCCACCAAGAAGAGCGUGGCAGAGAGCAUGUUGGAUGUGGCGCUCUUCAUGUCCAAUGCCACGCGGCUGAAAGUGGUGCUGGAGCAGGGGCCAUCCUCGCAGUACUACGCCACCCUCAUAGCCCUCAUCAGUGUCUCUCUGCUCCUGCAAGUUGUCAUUGGCAUUCUUCUCGUGGUCAUUGCCAGGCUGAACCUGAAUGAGGUAGGGAACCAGUGGCGUCUAAAUCAGCUCAACAAUGCUGCCACCUCCUUGGUCUUCACUACCGUGGUCAUCAACAUUUUUAUCACCGCUUUCGGGGCACACAAGACAGGCUCCAUGGUUGCCAGGACCUCCAGUAAUCCUGUUUAAUCCCUACCUAGGUCCCAGGAACUGAGCCUGAAAGGGCCUCAGCCUUUGGCCCUGACCUGUCGGGCUAACUAGCACCUUCCACAGACUCCAGGAGAGUUUCGGGGGCAAGGAAGAUGCCCCUGCUUCCCGCCUGCAGCGCCUGAACCGAGUUGUGCUGUUCUACUGGGUGAUGUGAUUGCAUCUUGGUCUGGAGGCCUGAGCUCAGCGUCUGCAGCGGCCACCCUGUCCUCCAGCACCAGUAACUGGGUCUGCUCAGGCAGUCCACACGGCCUGCAGACUCUGGUUCUACUGCAUUCCUCCCCUCUGCUCCAAGCCUCAAUUUUCCCUUCCCUAUCUAUAAAGAUGUCUGAAAAGCCACCAAAUUAGUCUUGCUGUCUCCAGUCAUGUGGGCUCUGAGCCAGGCUGGUGUGUGGAUGCCCUCGUCAUCUGUGCCCUGGAAGGGGCUAUGCCAUCCUGGUGUGUGGAUGCCCUCGUCAUCUGU